AUGGUCGUCGAACCGCCUUCGGGUACAUCUGGCCGGCCACGUACCGUGUUUGUAACGGGAGCAAACGGGUACAUAGGCGCUGCCGUGUGCCGAGCGUUUGUUGGAGCCGGUUGGAGAACUUUCGGCCUUGUUCGCAAACCUGAGGCAGUUCAGGACCUGAUGGCGACUGAAGUUAUACCGGUAGUGGGGACAUUCAAUGAGCUCAGCUUCCUAGGCUCUGUGUAUGAAAAGGCGACCGUUUUUGACGCUAUCGUCAGCUGCACUGAGAACCUAUCGGGAUAUGCAGAUCACUUUAAUGAGGUCAUGCUGCUAGUCAAGACCUUGGCUGAGAGAAGCAAACAGAGUGGUGUCCGCUCCUUGGUUCUCUGGUCGUCUGGCUGCAAGGAUUACGGAACAACGGAAGCACAUGGAGCUUCUGCUCUUGUUCCGCACACUGAAGCAUCACCCACCAAUCCUCCAGUUCUCCUCCGACAAAGAACCGAAAGCUGCCUUCGUAUAUUCGACUACGUCGACGUUUUUGAUGCUGUCCUCCUUCGACCGACGAGCCUAUAUGGCCGCAGCAGCAGCUACUACGGUGUCAUGCUGUCUUGGGUUGCAAUGGAAGCCGCAGCAGGGUCCAGGAGACUAAAGAUUCCGGCGAACCCUAACAACAUCAUGCAUGCGACCCACGUCGACGACUGCGGGUUGGCCUAUCUCGCGGUUGCGGAGCACGCCGAUCGAUCUGCAAUUGCCGGGAAGACGUUCAACAUAUCCGGUCACAGGUAUGAGACAGUGCAGGAAGUGGGAGAGGCUUUGGCAAAGGAGUAUGGGUUUGAGGAGGGCGUAGAAUUUGUGUUUCCAGCUGAUGCUCCCGCAUCAUUCCCUGAAGGGCUGCAUCUUGUUUUCAAUUUCAGCCAGUGGGUUAGCAGCGAGAGCAUUCGCCGGACUACCGGAUGGACCGAUCUUCGCCCAUUGUUCUCGGAAAACUUGACUGUCUAUCGAUGGGCUUACGAGGCAGCGCUAGCUCGGGGGAAUACUAAUUUUACUGCUGUCGAAGACAGGGUCAGUAGCAUCGUCAAGGGACUUGGCUCUAUGUGA